AUGAAUUUCGUGUGUGAUGCUCACUGCCAUCCAGCAGAUCACUUGCUGCGAGGAAGGAUCGAUGAAAUUAUCAGCGAGUCUGUGAAAGCUGGUUUGACAUUCAUCGUGGGAGUGUCUGAACGGUAUGAAGAUGCCGUAGCUCUUCUAGCCCUCUCGGAGCGUUAUCCCCAAAUACGCCCUUGUAUUGGACUACACCCAUGGUAUGUCCAUGAAGAAAGCUUGGAUGCGAUGAUUCAGCUCAUCGAAGAUAAUCAUGAUCGACUUGCUGGAAUUGGAGAGAUCGGGUUGGAUUUUGCCCAGCGAAUUCUGUCUCAAUCGCCCAGCAUGAAAGAGUUGCAAAUGGAGGCGUUUGUGCGCCAAAUUACUGUUGCAAAGAAGUACAAUCUUCCAGUCAAUAUCCACUCGCGUUAUGCAGGCCACUACUGCAUUGAUGUGCUCAUACAGCAAGGAGUGACGAAAGCACUGCUUCAUGCGUACGACGGCAACCUGAAAUCCGUAAAGAAGGCAUUGGCUGCCGGAUACUACUUUUCGAUUCCAGCCUCUGUAAGGGAUGACGAGUCUUUCCAACGCCUUGCCAAAAAUAUUCCACUUUCCAAUAUGCUAUUAGAAACAGAUUCCCCUGCACUGAGCAUUGAUAAAGAAACUUAUUCCUUGGGAAACGUAAUCUGGUAA